AUGGCCACCAUGUCGCACAUCGCGUCGACCGUUCCAGGAUUAUCACGCAUCUCGACCGUCCAUCUCGUGGAAUCGCGGAGUACAGCGUCGCCAUCUCUGAGCAGGAACCCGCAUUAUCAGCUGAUUCGUUUCAAGCAACGAGCCUUACAUGCCGAGCGUCGUGCGCCUGGAAGCAUCAAUAAAAGCUUCCGCGUUAGCAGCAGUACCAGUAACAGCCUGUUGAGCAGCCUCUUUAUCUCUAAAGAACGUUCCUUUGCGGCGACGGUGUCGUCUGGGACUCGCAAUCAUGCCAACAGUGGAGGCUUUUGGUGGGCUGUAGUAGCUGCUUCAGCGUUUUCUCCUGCUGCUUCGGCUAGCAGCAAUGGCACAGGCGGACCAGCGGUGUCGGAGGCAGUCAUUGUGGGUGGAGGAUUGGGAGGCCUCGCAACGGCUAUUGGGCUCCGGAACAUUGGGAUUGACGCGCAGGUAUACGAGGCACGGGAUGAGCUGAUUUCCCGUGGAGUACCGGACCCCAUCGGUUUCAACCGCACUCCAACGGGUGAUAUCCUCUUCCGGUUUCAGCCCGCGACCAGCAUCACUGCCCGCUACGGCUUCCCCAUGCUCUGCAUCCGCUGGCAAGAGGUGCUCGAUGUGUUGCGGGGAAUGCUGCCAAACGAUGCCGUCCACACCGGGCAUAGGCUCGUGGAGUUUACACAGGGAGAGGAGGAAGAGGGGAGCGGUGCAGUGAAAUGCGUUUUUAAGAAGGUUUCGGGCGGUGAAGAGCGGUUUCUUGAGGUGGAGACCCCUCUGCUGCUGGGGGCGGACGGCAUCCACUCGGAGGCACGAAAGCAUUUGCUGAGCGGGGCAGCAGAAGGCGAGGGACCACCCAAAGCCUCAAGGCUCACCCAAAGCCUGCUGGUGCAGCCAUGCCAGAUAAAUACAAUACUCGGUGUAAACCGCACUGCAACAGCCGCCGACUGUGGAGCAGGCAAACUCUUCUGGGCGUGCACACUCAUUGAUUCCGCCGAUCCGACGGUCAGCAGCGCGCGGUCCGGCGGGGGGGAAGAGGCGCGGGAGAAGAUUCUGCGGGCAUUUGAGGGGUGGGAUGUGGUGGAGCAGCUGGCCAAGGCAACUCCCCCCGACCUCAUUCUCGAACGCCGCGUGCUCGACCUCCCGCCCCUGCCCUUCUGGGUCCACGGGAGGGCGGCUCUUCUCGGAGAUGCGGCGCAUGCAGUGACGCCAGGGUUGGGGCAGGGGGCCAAUCUGGCGUUUGAGGAUGCGGCUCAGCUGGUGGAGUGCCUCCGGGCGAACUCGCAUCCCAGCGAUGCACUUCGCUCCUUCCAAUCCAUCCGCAUGCCACGAGUGCAAGCGGUGAUAUCACGAAACCUGGUAUCCCGUGGAGCACCGAACCCCGCCUGUCUCUACCGCUCUCCAACCGGCAUUCUCCUUUCCCAAUGGGACCUUGCGUCCAACAUGACCCCCCGAUUCGGCUUCCCCAUGCUCUGCAUACGCUGGCAAGAGGUGCUCGACGUGCUGCGGGGAAUGCUGCCAAACGAUGCCGUCCACCUCGGGCACAAGCUCGUGGGGUUUACACAGGGAGAGGAAGAAAAAGAGGGGGGAGGAGGUACUGAGGGGAGCGGCUCAGUGAAAUGCGUUUUCAAGGAGGUUUCUGGCGGUGAAGAGCGGUUGCUGGAGGUGGAGGUGAGUGGGGGAGAGGAGGUGGAGAGAAGGGGAUGUUCCCUCUGCCCGCACCCCCUGAUCCUGCCAAAACACAUGCUUGUUACACUCAGCCUCGACCGCACAGCAGCCAUCAUCGAUGGUGGAUUAGGCAAGCUCUACUGGGCGCUCACGCUCGUUGAUUCCGCCGAUCCAACGGUCAGCAGCGCGCGGUCCAGCGGGGGGGAGGAGGCGCGGGAGAAGAUUCUGCGGGCUUUUGAGGGGUGGGAUGUGGUGGAGCAGCUGGUGAAGGCCACUCCCCCCGACCUCAUUCUCGAACGCCGCGUGCUCGACCUCCCGCCCCUGCCCUUCUGGGUCCACGGGAGGGCGGCUCUCCUCGGAGAUGCGGCGCAUGCAGUGACGCCAGUGACGGGGCAGGGCGCCAAUCUGGCGUUUGAGGAUGCGGCUCAGCUGGUGGAGUGCCUCCGGGCGAACUCGCUUGUCAGUGAUGCUCUUAGCUCCUUCCAAUCCAUCCGCAUGCCACGGGUGCAAGCGGUGACUUCACGGAACGUUGCUGAAGAAAAGAAGCUCUAUCACAAGAAAGAAGAGGAGAAAGAGAAGAAGGCAGGAGGGAAUGUGAAAAAAGGGGGUCACGGCGAUGCAAGCUAUUGGAGAGGUGUUGCUGCUUCUGCUUCUUCUCCCUCUGCUGCUGCCAGCAGGUCGCAAUCAGGAGGACCAGCUGUGUCGGAGGCAGUCAUUGUGGGUGGAGGAUUGGCCGGCCUCGCAACUGCUAUUGGCCUCCGGAACAUUGGGAUUGACGCGCAGGUGUACGAGGCACGGGACGGGGUGGUAGGCGAGGGAACCCUCAUCACCCUCUAUCCCAACGGGCUCAGGGCGCUCAGCAGAAUCGACCCUGCCAUUGUGCCCCAGCUUAUAUCCCGUGGAGUACCGGACCCCGCCAUUCUCGGCCGCUCUCCAACCGGUGAUGUCCUUUUCCAGUGGGACCUCGCGUCUAAAAUGACCGAACGGUUCGGCUUCCCCCUGCUGAACAUCCGCUGGCAAGAGGUCUUGGACGUCCUGUGUGGGAUGCUGCCAAACGACGCCGUCCAUGCCGGGCACAGGCUCGUGGGGUUUGCGCAGGGAGAGGAGGAAACGGAGGGGGGAGGGGGUGGUGAGGGGAGCGGCUCGGUGAAAUGUGUGUUCAAGGAGGUUUCCAGCGGUCAAGAGCGGUUGCUUGAGGUGGAGACCCUGCUGCUGCUGGGGGCAGACGGCAUUCACUCGGAGGCACGGAAGCAGCUGCUGGAGGGGACAGCAGGCGAGGGAGUGAGUCCACGAGACAACGGCAGAACCCAUUGGAGGGCCAUCAUCGACAGUUCCCUCAGCCCGCACCCCCUGGUGCAGCCACAGCAGGUGAACACCAUACUAAGUGCCGACCGCACUGCAACCGUCGCUGAUGCCGGAGAAGGCAAGCUCUACUGGUCGCUCGCGCUCGUCGAUUCCGCCGAUCCGACGGUCAGCAACUCACCGUCCAGCGGGGGGGAGGAGGCGAGGGAGAAGAUUCUGCGGGCUUUUGAGGGGUGGGAUGUGGUGGAGAAGUUGGUGAAUGCCACUCCCCCCGAGCUCAUUCGCGAGUCUCGCGUGCUCGACCUCCCGCCCCUCCCUUUCUGGGUCAAAGGGAGGGUAUCGCUACUGGGAGAUGCGGCGCAUGCAGUGACGCCAGCGCUUGGGCAGGGAGGCAAUCUGGCGUUUGAGGAUGCGGCUCAGCUGGUGGAGUGCCUCCGGGCGAACUCGCAUGUCAGUGACGCUCUCCGCUCCUUCCAGUCCCUCCGCAUGCCACGAGUGCAAGCAGUGUCAGCACGGAACACUGCCCAAACAAAGAAGGUGUUUGACAAGGAGAACAAGGGGAAAGAGGGGAAAGAGGGGAAAGAGGGGAAAGAGAAGGAUGCAGCAGGUGGUGAUGGAAGUGAGGCGGAUGCAGCGCCAAAGAUUGAAGAGGUACAGGCAGCAUCUGCUGCAGUGGCGGCACGAGAGGGGCGUGAUCCUGACGAGGAUCUGUAUGGUUAUGACAUUGUGGUUUUGGAGUAG